CCUGCCCCGGGUGGGGUAACUACUACAGCACCUCAGGGUGGGGCUCAGCAUUGAGGCAGAGGGGCGUGUACUCGCUUUAAGUACAGCUGCUGCUCCUUCUUGGACAUGAAAAAGUUCAACACGAAAGCGGCGCACGUCACGACAAAAGUUUUCAGCAAAACUUCAAUAGAGCGCCGCGUUGACACCCAGGAGGAAUAAGACGUUUCACCGCUGAUACGAAGAAGAGUCCAACCAGAAUGCCAGGUGAGCGAUUGACAGUUCGAAGCUCGUCGGAAAUCGGGCGCUUCCCCGGAGUGGCCCCGCCCACUCGGGUGGAGCUGACCAUUCAGAGUGACGUGGGGAAGCAGGAGGAGGGAGGCUGCCGUCGCUGGUUCAGGAAGAUCUGCCCGUGCUGCUGCAAGCGUCAAAACAGCGAGUCUUACGAUGUCACGGAUAAGGUGGAGUUCACCAAGCCCCCAACCCCGAACACGACGCCCGAGCCCGCCAAGCCAAAGCCUGAGAAUGGAGAAAUGAAGGAAUUCGGAGACGUCAAGCUCUCCGUGUGCUCAGUGGACCUCCUGAGCUCCAAGAGUGGCGUGAACAGAACGGAGCAUCACACCGAUCUGUACCACGGGGACGAGCUGAUCAUCCGUAGAGGACAGACCUUCCAGAUGGAGAUAGAGUUCAACAGGCCUUUCAGUCCUGACACGGAUAAAAUGCACUUGGAGCUGAAAACAGGUCCCUUGCCUCUCGUGUCUAAAGGAACCCACGUCAUCAUUCCUCUGGUGGAGCACCUGGAGGACGAGCGCUGGGAGGCCAAGGUCACAGAGCAGACCCGCAACAAGGUCAAGCUGUCCGUGAACUCGCCGGCCACCGCCGUGAUCGGCCUGUUCGGCCUCACCGUCACGACUCGGUCGGCGAAGGACGAGGAGCCAACAGUUCACAACCCCAGCAAGGACAUCGUCAUCCUCUUCAACCCUUGGUGUGAAGAGGAUACUGUGUUCCUGGAUGACGAGGAGCAGAGAAAGGAGUAUGUGCUGAAUGACACUGGGAGGAUUUACUACGGGACGGAGAAGCAAAUCGGCGCCCGCACGUGGAACUUUGGGCAGUUUCAUGAGGGGAUCCUGGACGCAUGUCUGUUCAUCUUGGAGAAGAGCGACAUGCCUCCAUCUGGCCGAGCGGAUCCGGUCAACGUGGUCAGGGUCGUGUCUGCCAUGAUAAAUGCCCAGGACGACUACGGAGUCCUGGUUGGGAACUGGUCAGGGAACUACUCUGACGGCAUCUCUCCUGCAGCGUGGAGCAGCAGCGUGGAGAUCCUGAGGAAGUACCACUCCUCCACAGGAGUACCCGUGAGAUAUGGCCAGUGCUGGGUCUUCUCUGGCAUCACUACAACAGUGCUGCGGUGCCUUGGCAUACCCGCCCGCAGCGUGACCAACUUCCAGUCUGCUCACGACACCGACGUGUCCCUCACUACGGAUGUUUACUUUGACGAGAACAUGGAGCCAAUUGACCACCUCAACAGUGACUCUGUCUGGAAUUUCCACGUAUGGAAUGAUUGCUGGAUGGCCAGACCUGAUCUGCCCCCGGGCAACGGAGGGUGGCAGGCUGUUGAUGCCACCCCCCAAGAGACGAGCCAGGGCACCUUCCGCUGCGGCCCAGCCUCUGUCAGCGCCAUCCGCUCCGGUCACGUCUACCUCAAACACGACACGCCUUUUGUCUUUGCUGAGGUAAACAGUGAUAAAAUCUACUGGCAGAGGAACCUUGACGGUACCUUCAGUCAGAUCUACAAUGAGAAGAAAGCCGUUGGGCACUGCAUCAGCACCAAAGCAGUGGGCUCUGAUGAGCGUGACGACAUCACACACCUGUACAAACAUCCAGAAGAGUCUGAGGAGGAGCGCAUUGCGGUGGAGACAGCUUGUCGGUAUGGCAGCAAGCCAGACAUCUACUGCGCUCCUGCGGCCGAGGAUGUGAGCGUGGAGGUCAAGUUUGACGGCGAGGGGCCUAGGAUGGGCCACGACGCCAAGCUGAGCAUUGUGGUAAAAAACCAGAGCUCACAGCCCCGCCAGACAACGCUACACAGCCAGGUGGCUGUCAUGUACUAUACUGGCGUGCUGAAGAGCGCUAUAAAGAAGGACAAGAUGCCUGUGGAGCUUUCGCCCAAUGAAGAGAAGAUCAUUGAAUGGGUAUUGCCAUACCAGCAGUACCAGAACCAGUUGGUGGACCAGGCUGCUCUGAUGCUGACACUGUCUGGAAGAGUCAGUGAAACCAAGCAAGUGUUGGCCAACCAGACAACCUUUAGGCUCCGUACGCCUGACCUCCAGAUUACGCCUCUGGGUGAAGCUGUGGUUGGUAAAGAGAUGUCAGCAAAGAUUACCUUCACCAACCCGCUGUCACGUAUUCUGAAGGAUGUCGUGUUCAGGGUGGAGGGCCUGGGCCUUCAGAAGGGCCAUGAAGUGGUCAUAGGUGAUGUCGGAGGUCGAGCUACAGUAACAGUGACAGAGCACUUCAUCCCCACCCAACCUGGACCCAGAAAACUGGUGGCGUCACUUGACUGUAAACAGCUAACACAAGUGCAUGGAGUAGCUGACAUCGUGGUUCACGAACAAUGAGAACUUCUAACUCUACAAAGCGUGCUAAGUUCCUGUACCUUAAGCAGUCCUAUUUAUUUUUUACUGCUACAAAUUGAAACAAUUUUAUCAUUGUGAACAAUGAAAUGACAACUAACCACUGUAGCACUAUCAGUAUUAUUAUCAUUAUUACUAUUUUUUUAUUUAUCUGUUAUAAAUGUAACACUUCUGACGUCCUCCGGCGGUGAAUGCAGAAGGCAUUGAACACAUGCAACACAAAACAGAGGCUUUGAUUAACAAGUAUUAAAUAUGUAAACCUAUUUUAGUGAAAUGUAAAACACUGAACUAAAACUUGUGAAGGUUCACAGUGGGGCCACUCUGUGGUUAUGUAAAUAAUGUCUUUGUGUAUUGUUCUUUUAGAACGUCUUAAUGUGAAAGUUACUGACAAACUGAACUUCUCACGGCUCAAAUGAAAGGAGAACCUUGCGUGUGGUCUAGAAACCAACGUAUGCAAAUUAUUGACGCUUUUUUUCAGACACCUUCUAACACUUUCAUUUCUUUAGCAUCUUAAACUGCAAAAAGACAAAAAUACAAACUAAAACAGUUAACCAAAGGCGGAGAAAUCAAGGCUUAAGUUGAAAUUUUCGUGCCUCUUUUUUCAUUAAAAUGUUCGAAGCCAGAGCUGUAGAUAACCUUUGUUUGACUGCUGAAUUGCAAAUCAUUUCCCCUCCAGAAGAUAUGCUGGAUUUCCUGUGUGCCUUUCCAUCAUCUGGUUACAAUAACACUGACAUCUUUGUCACACAUUGCAGAUAACUUGCUCAUUCAAACAGAAACCACAACGACUGCAGUGCAGAAGAAUAUGAUUCUCAUUGGGGAAGGGCACGAACGUGGCUUUGGUUGAGUAUAUCGGUCUUUAUCUCAAAAAUUUGUCUUCCUUUAGAUUUACUGCAGUCAGGGCUACUUCCCUUUUUCUGCACCUGGAUAAUUUUUUUAUAAAUUGAGAUUGCGCCAAAAUUGCUUUUGUUUUAAAAGAUUUGUGAUUGGCCAAACAGCCCUCAGUGCCAGUUUACACAUGCCAAACAGUAGAUCAGCCACAUGUUAGCGCGUGAUUGCACAGAACAGGAACAGUGCGAUUCAGUAACGGUAUUAGUGAUUAGACCGGUGGCUUUUGUUUUUCAAGUGGUAAAUCUUGUGCAGAAACAUGAACUUAAACAAAGUCUGAACAUCUGGUAUCUGAUGAUUUGUAUUUUCUAUUUUUUGUCUGAGAACUGAAUCAUGCAUAAUUCUAAACAAAAAUUUUUUUUUAAAAAUCUGCUUUUGAUGUAAGUUUGCAUCCAGAAUCCCUGAUUUCUCUAAAUGUCUUCCUGUUGUGGCCUCUUGGACUAUAGCACUCAGUGUACAAUGUGAAGAAAACUGUCUGUAUUAAUAUUAUUUAUCUACCUGGGAGGUUUUGUAUCAUUUUGUUGUGACAAUAAUAAAGUUUCUGUAAAACUUUGAAAA